AUGUCGGCGCCAGCGAGCAUACCGUAUGCUAUGCGACUGCUUGACGUGAUCACGCUGGGACAGAGCCCUUCUCAGGCUCAACAGCAUCGCUACUAG